AUGAGUACACUGUCACCUUCCAAAUCCCAAACUCUUCCUCCGAUCCAAAACCAAAAUCACAAUCCCAACAGUCCUAAUCCCAAUGCACCUCCAUUUCGACCUUCUCCAGCUAGAGCAGCGACCUUAUCAGGUACGCCAUUCCAAUACAAGACAAGAGCGGCUUCUCAACCUGCGGGAGAAAGAAUCCCACCUUCGUCUUCGACUCCAGGUUCAGGUAGAGCAAGUCCUGGUGCAGGUAUGAACGCCAAUGGUCUCACCGGAUCUGGAUCAGCUUUCGGUGUUAUAGGAGGUGCAAGAAUUCCAGGUAGAUUUGGGAAUGCUUUAUUUGGAUCAAAUGGGAAUGUAGGAAUUCAAACCAGGGCAAAUAGCUUUUCAGCUGGGGAGAUAAGGGAUCCAAGAAAUACGUCACUUGCACGAACACUCUCAUCGCAUACUGAAGAGUUUGUCCCUUCUCGUUCACAAUCAACAUCUCCCUUCCCUACUUUCUCACCUAAUUCUACUCCUUCAACUUCUCCCGCUGCAAUUCGCCAACAGCCUUUACCCCCUUCACCUCCCAAAGCAGGAGCAAACGUCUCUCGAUCUAGAUCACAAUCGCUCGCCACUGGAGUACGGCCAUCCAGCAUCGACAGACCAUGGUUAGCUCCUAUGAGCACAUUGGAGAACAAAGGCGCAUUCGCCAAAAUCGAUGUAGGGUGGAAUAUAAGUCCAAAUGAAGGAAGCAACAUGUCACCUUUCUCAAGAGGUUUACCUGCAUUGGGCAAUAAUCCUGCAAGGGAUGAGGUUUAUGGUAGAAAUGGUAAUACGCCUGGAGGAAGAUUUAAAGCUGCUCAAGAGGGAUUUAGCACAAGAGGUGGAUGGGGUGCUUCACCAAAUGAAACGAAUACAACAUCUGCCUUGUCUUCGUCUGUUCACAAAGCUCUGGGUGGUGGAUACCAGCAACAACCGUACGCACAAGGCGGGGGAGGGUAUGGUGAAUACACAAAUCCAGCUAAUGGUGGUUCAAGAUCGGGUGCUUCAUCAAGACGACAUAGUGUCUCAGUAGUCGGUGGGCCAGGAGGAAGAAGAGAAUUUUCAUUUGGUGAACCUGGAAUGGGAAUCACUUCCCUAAGUCCACCUUCAAAAGGUUUAUUCGGUUUUGAGAGUGAAUUAGGAAACGCAUUAUCCCUUGAUAUAGAUGAAAGGAAAAGAGAUGAUAAUGGUUACGUUUCUGCUUCAUUACCAAAAUUCGAUAUUCAUGAUCGAUUCAACGAAUCUUCCCAUCAAAGAAUCCCUUCUCUGAGUAACCGAAAGAACGAUAACUUCAACGAUGGUGUUUUCCCUACAUUCGGUUCUACUCCCCCGAGAGGAAGAUUGGAAGGUCUAAUUACUGGAAAUGGUGCUUUCGCAGCAGAGAGAGCUACCUCUGGCGAGAGCAAUGGAUCAAGAAGAUUCCUAAUUGAGAACGCUGCGGUUGGAUCUCCGAUUGUUGGCCAUGACAGAUUGGGUAACGGUAACGGUAACGGUAAUGCAACUAUCAAUGGAAAUCCUAGUUCGAAUGGAUUCACUGGAUCUCCUGAGAGAUUAAGAGAACAACCUCUAUCUUCUGCUAGACCUCAAGGUAUAAAUGGACUUGGACCAGGAGUGAUCGGUGCUCCAGUACACAACUACGGAAACGGAAAUAACCAAUUCGCACCAAACGUUCCUCCCGGGAAUUCGUAUCCCGGGAUGAGACCUUUCGGAGGUCCAGGUCCACUCAAUAAUGCAUCACAAGGGCAUUUGAACGGACCUGGAUCGGGGUCCAAUGGAUAUGGUAGAUCACCUAUCGGACAGGGGCCACCUGGGCCUGGGUUUGGCGGUUAUUAUGGUUUACCUAAUCGACCACCUCCACCACCUCAAGGCGGUUUCUCACCUCAACUGGGAUUCAAUGCUCCACCUCCUGGAAACGGAUAUUCUGGACCGAACCAAAAUCAGAAUGGACCAUACGGUAAUGUACAACCAGGCAGCGGUGGAGGUGGAGGAGGUGGAUAUCAAUCAUUCUAUCCUAAUCCCGCAGUGCCUUCUUCCCCUCCCCAACCCACCUCACCAUCAUUUUCGACACUUUCAUUAUCUGAUUUAGGCAAAGGAAUAAUACUUUCUGCUUUACCAACUACAACACCGUUGUAUAUCGUUACUUUCAAAGCUGGAAGAAGAGAUGUCUACUAUUGUCCGGAUCCAACAUUGUUAAUUUCCAACGGGGAUAAAGUGAUCGUUGAAGCUGAUAGAGGAUCGGAUUUGGGUACUGUCAUAUAUGAUCAACUAACUUCAAUAGAUAUAAGAGAUUGGCAAGAAAGACAAGCUACAGCAGCUUUGUUAUCCGGUGCUUCACAACAUCAACCACCAGGUCUGGCCGUUUCAGGUAUCCACCCUUCUACAUCAAAUAAAGAAAUCAAGAAACAGACUUCUUCUGGUGAAUUAGGGUCAAGUUUGGGAUUAGAUCUAGAUGGUUUAUUGUUAGGUUGUGGCCCGUCCGGUCAACCUGAAUUAUCAGGUACAAUGGUAAGAGGUCCCUUAGCGAAAGAGAUCAUGCCAAAGAGGAUUUUCGCAAAAUCAAGUCAAGGCGUCGAGGAACAAAACCGAAUGACUCAAAAAGUAAAUGACGAAUACGAAGCUCUCAUGAUCUGUAGAGAAAAAGUUAUUGAAAGAGGUUUACCCAUGCAAAUCGUGGACGCGGAAUACCAAUGGGAUAGAAGAAAGCUCACUUUCUACUUCAAGGCCGAUAAGAGAGUCGAUUUUAGAGAUUUGACCAAAGAGAAUUUUAGGAUCUUCAAGUCAAGAAUCUGGAUGUCAAUGGUAUCCAAAGAUGAUCCACGUAAUUGA